AUGUGGGUGUUUAUAGUAUUGACAUGCUUAAUCCAGCAGACUACAAAUUCAGAAGACUCUUUCAAUAGAAGACAUUUGAAUCCUGAAGGAUUCAUGACAAUCUCUAAAAUCCUCCAAUAUUGGGAGUAUCCCAGUGAAGAGUAUCAAGUUCUGACUGAUGAUGGCUAUUAUCUUCAGUUAAACAGAAUUCCUCAUGGAAAACACUGUCCCCAACAUAAAGGGCCUCGACCGAUUGCUUUAUUGGUGCAUGGUUUUCUGUGGGAAGGGAGAUGUUGGAUUGCAAAUCUUCCUAGCAACAGCCUGGGAUUUUUUCUAGCAGAUGCUGGCUAUGAUGUCUGGAUAAUAAAUAUGAGAGGGACCACUUGGUCUAGAAGACACAAGCAGUUUUCAAUUUAUCAGCAAGAAUUCUGGAAUUUCAGUUUUCAUGAAAUGGCAGUUUAUGAUAUACCAGCAACAAUAAAUUUCAUUCUACAUAAAACAAAACAAGACUCUUUAUAUUAUAUUGGCCAUUCCCAAGGAGCAGGAAUAGGUUUUGUUGCUUUUGCAAUCCAGCCCUGCCUCACUGAUAGAGUGAAGCUCUUUAUAAGCCUUACACCUGCUUACUCUUUGGAAGGUAUAACUGGGACACUUGGAAGGUAUAACUGGAAGCUUAUGUGGGGCUCUAAAGAAUUUUCCAUUUUUAGUGAAAGAGUAAAAAGAAGCAUGAUCCAUGCAUGCAGCUAUCCAGGGAUUGACCGACUAUGCCUACAAAACAUUUUCCUUGCAGGGGGAUAUAAUAAGAAAAAUCUAAAUGUAAGUCGAGCAGAUGUAUUUGCAGGGAUUUUUCCUGAUUUUACAUCAGUAAAAAACAUGAAUCACUGGAGUCAGAUUAUACGUUCUGUGGAAUUUAAAUAUUAUGACUAUGGUUAUAAGAACAGGGAAGUAUACAACAUGACAAAACCUCCAUUUUAUAAAAUAGAAGAUGUUCAUGUGCCAAUAGCCAUGUGGAGUGGAGGAAAAGAUAUUGCUACAAAAAGAAGAAAUAUUGAAUCAUUGCUUACUCGAAUCACUUAUUUAGUUUUCUAUACAGAUAUCCCUGACUGGCAACAUUUUGAUCCUAUCUUGGGUUUGGAUGGCCCACAACACUGUUAUCCCGAUAUUGUUGAAUUGAUGCAAAAGCACAAGCAUUAA